CAACCGGUCCUAGCCGCAGUCCUCGCGCGGCUUUCGUCCCGAGUGCGUCGUCUAUUUGCGCUUCUCUCGAAAAUCUUCGUCUUUCUGCGAUUCACCACGGCGAAUGUCUCGAGUGACUUUCAUUUAACAAGACAUAUAUCGUAUAGAAUUAUAAUAAUAAUCUUCGAUAUUGCAAUUUUCUUAAACGAGAAAGACGAUGAAGAAACUUGAUUUACGAAGAAUUUUAUUCAUGGAAAUUUUAUGUGAGGGGAUGAAAAGUGAAGAAAAAGUGCGGGAGGAGCUUAAAAUAUGCAUACGUGAUGCAAAUACGUAUGAUAGAAUCAAUUGAGCGAGAUGAUCUGAACAUUAAUGAACAAAACCAUCAAAAAUAUAACAUGGGAGACGAAAUAUCGAUAUUUUUAGUGGUGUUCCUUGCAAUUGGCGGUAUAAUAAUGAUGAGCGCAUUAUUGGCCUGCUAUGCCUGUAUCUUCCGUGAUCUGUGUUGUAGACCAGAGGAUAGAUCAAAAAGAAGACGACCUCAAAGUCCUCGUCAUGAGCCUGAUGAUCCUAACAGACCCAGAUUGGAUGCAAUACUUUUAAACGAUAUUACACAAGGAGAAAGUAUGCCUACUGAAUCCGAGAAAGUUUAAUAAAUAAAAAACAAAAUGAAAUUAAUAUCAAAGAUAAAAAAUUUUGAACAUGAUAACAUUAGGAACUAAUUAAACGUGAGCUAAGAAACUUUAAAGAAAGUCUUUCAUUAUUAAUGAUUGUAAAUAUAAAGUAUAAACAGACAUAAUUUGAUUUUUAUUUCAAAUUACUAUGUUACGAAUUAAUGUAUUAUGUACAUAUUCAAAUACAUUCAUAUAUGUAUAUAUAUAUAUAUACAUUGUAUAUUAUAUAUAUGCAAUAAAUUUCAUAUAAUAAAAAAUCUCUGUUAAAAAUAUUUAACAUUGUUUGGUCACCAAAAAACGACACGCCAUAUUACAUAGCUGUAUCUAUAACAUUAGUAUAUAAAAUAAAUUUCUAUUUAUA